AUGGGCGACCUUGGUAAUGAGGGCAGGCGGCAGCGGUCGCCCACGUCCCUGACAUGGGACAGGACAACGGAGGCAACGAUCAACAUCAAGGGGCUCACGCGGGAGGGCUACGCAGUCUUCCAGCUCGCGAGCCAAGACUUGGGGACUUCACUUUUCUGGCUGCAAGACCACUGGCUGGUCGAGCUCGGCGUGAAGAACUACGGAGAUUUCCACAAGUCUGAGAAACGAAAGAUGUUGUUCCAGCACCUUAGCCAAGCGUACACCCUGGAUGAUGGCUCGCACGACCUCGGCGGCAGCGGCGGCGUCGCCAGCGUCUCGUUGAGGACCGACUUGAUGUUGCCGUGGCUGCUGUACAAAUUCAUUCACAGUUCCGAUGACAAUGGGCGCUCGCCAAUUUCAAGUACCGUCAGCACGUGGUUACAGAUUUCGGUUGACGGACUGCGCCGCGUCCCCGCGGCACGUGCAUUUACUGCUGAGGCGCAGUUCGAGGGCAGGUUGACCUCCGACCGUCUGACGCUGGACUUUACCAAUGGAGCAGUCGAAGGUUGGGGCGAGGCGGUUGCUAGCCCGCGCUUGCGCGAUGGCUGGGCUAGAUUCUUGGCGGGCGCUGGGAAGUUGAGCAAUCUCCGCAUCCCAGGGGAUGCGCAUUCUGUCGUGUCAGUGUUGUUGUUUGUGGUAUCGAAUUUGACUUCGCGGGUUGGUGAACCCCGCCAACGCUUUGCUCCAGGUGCUGCGGCAGUUCUGGCGUUUUGCUGCAAGGCGCUCGCCCUCGGUAUGGAGGCAUACAUCCUCUUCCACCACAUCCCCACGCAGGACCCUGGCAUGCAAGACCGACUGGAGGAGCUGAGGUGCAUGGAACACCGUCGACGCCUCGACCCCCAAGCAAUCGUCGCAGCGAUUCGCAGAGCAAGGGAGGUCGCUGGCUCGUCCAACCAGACUGUGACAGCGGUGAUCGGGUUGAAGGACCUGGACAGCAAGAUCAGCUACGCGAUGGCUAAGCUGCACAGGGACAAGAUGAAGGAUGCUUUCAGAGGAGCGGCUUCGUUGGCGAUGGCGUGGGACCCAGGUGGGUAUUCGCGGCGGAGCUACAACGUCGGCCUGGUCGCCGAAACCGCAGUCCCUGGUGACCCCAUCGCGGGUGACAUGUGCCCGAAGGCGAUUCGCAAGAAAGUGGACUUGCAAUACAUCGCUGACGAUCCUGAACUUGCCGAGGUGUGGGCCUCGGACAAGAUGGACAGGGAGGCGGCAUUCUUGAACAUGUGCGUUGUGCUCACGGAGAUCGCACAGCUAACUGAUCGGCCGCUUGCCGAUUUCUGCCUCGCACCUGGUCUGCACUUACGGCCAGUGCAGAACGGAGAGAGGCGACUUCCACUGGAGGGAGCGCAAGUCCUUUUCAAUCAGGACCAGGUCGAGGCUUCAGUGGAGAUACCACCUGAGUUCUGGGCGUUCAAGUUCCCGAUAGUUUCGCACACGACAGAUCGCAGCUCCAUCAAUUCAUCUUUACUGCAUUUCUUGAUUGCGCAGAAGUACUUGUUCGUUCCCUGGUUCGACCCGUUGCAUGCUUUGUGGAAUGCUCUCAAGAACAGUGCGAAGCGUGUUGGGCCAUGGUGUGGGAGGAAAAAAGGUUACAUGUGGAAGAAGGUGCUGGAGUUCGUCACCAUCUGCAACAUGAAUUCGGGACCGUAUCGAUCGGGGCAGUGGUUCGACCUCAAGAAGGAGGCCUGCCGUCGAUGGUGCCAGAUCUACAACGAGUCCUCGCCAGAGUUCUUGGAGGUGGCUUCUAAGUUCGGCGCGGCCAUUGGCGUCGACUCUGCGUCUGCAUCAGGCAUCCAAGAGAUCUUCGGACGGAUGGGUAAACUUCGCAGUUGCAACGAGGUCGGGCCUCAUUUGAAGUUGAUGCGCUUCGUGAGCAUCAACGACUGCUGGGAGUGGCACAAGAAAGAGCUGUGGGGCCUUCGGGCCGUCCUCAAAUUGAUGUCAGACGAGCACGGCAAAGGGGAUGGACUCUCCACAGUUGUCCACGCGGGCACUAGUCGGGGGGCCACGGACGGUGACGUGCAGCAGGAGAUUUCGAAGCAGGCGGGCACUGUCAAGAAGGCGUUCUCUUUCAUCAACGAUGACUUGUACAGUUCGCUUUCGAUUUUUGUGACGACUACUUGCGCGCAGCGGCACCAGUAUGGUUUCAGGUCGAGCCAGGUCAAGACCAUUGCACAGGGGAAGAACUACGACUACAAAUUGCAGACUGGCGCCUGGGAGGACGAGUUCAUACAGACGGUCGCCACGUGCAUGAACGACGUGACGAAGAUCGGCGAGAUGGGUUUGGUCUCGGCUAACGACCCAGAUGGCCAACGCGGCGCCGAGGCAUUCGAGUUCAUGAUGAGGGUUUUGAAAGAGAGGUACGACUCCAUCGCGCCAGAGCUCUUUUGCUACCCAGGGAAGUUUCGCCUGGCACUCGGCCAAGGCUUGAGCACGCAGGGAAAACUGAAAGUUAGGCGAGAUAUCAUCAUGUUCGAUUGGAAACUCAUCCUGGAGGUGGAGAAGGCGGCCUUGUCCAGACCAGAUGCGAAACAACUACUGGGCGACAUAUUCUGGUUGAGGUGGCCGAUCAAUCGACUAGCAUUUGGGCAGAAUGAGAGAGAGUUGGGGGCUGAGCUGGACAUCGCCGAUGGUUUCAUUCGAACUGCAACUGCCGCCACGGAGCACUGGCCAGACUCCAAGGGGCCAGAAGACGUGCACCAGCACAUUCGAGACGAGGGUCGGGCCAAGAGGAACACGACCAUCGCUCCGAAUCGGCUCUACAGGGCGCAGCAGGAGUGCAACAUUGCUGGUUCGCGCGGCAUGAAGACGUUUCAGCUGAGCGACGAGGAGGUGUCCCAUAACAUCUGCCAUCGUGACAAUCAGGACUCCCUCGCCGCCGAGUUCAGCGGCGACCAGACGCUUCUGACACCUGCACUCCGACGAAUACUCGACAGAGGCUUCGAAUACAGCUCGCCGAAUGGACAGUCGUAUGCAAAGGCGUGCUCAGCAUGGGCAUGGCUUCAGGCAUGGGCGAAACUGGGAAGCAAUAGGCCAAACCUUCUGAGCUCAUGGCAUGGCAGGAUGGUUCCAGAACUUUCUAUAUUGUUGCACUCACCCUCUGGUUCGGCAAUGGUGGUCGUCAGCCAACAGUUAUGGAGUCUAUUCGUGUGCGACCUCGACCGCGGCCGUAAAGGCGACGUGAGUUAUUUCAGAAUGCGUUCUGGCAAGGGCGCGUUCCACGACUAUUUCGUUACCAACCCUUCGGACUACAAGGUGGCGAACAUAUCCAAGAUAACGUUUCUCGCUGGCGUUGGCAGGGUGCUCUUGGCGUCGGAGGAGCCCAUGACGCCGCUGGCGGCGGCGCUCCUUGCAGGCAUGCCCCUGGCCCUGGACCACAUGAAGGACGUCGCGAACUUGAUGGGCUUAGACCUCGGCGACCCUGCCACGAUCACGGCGGGGGCUGCUCGCGAAAAGCUGACUGAGCUGACGUUUGCAGGGUUCCCAGAACUCAUAGCGAAGUGCGCUGCCGCCCUCCGCAAGCACAGCGAGGACGAUCUGGGCGCGGAGGAGCUCGGAGAGGACUUCAUUAGCAUGCUCGAUGAGAUCUUAGCCCACGACGCCCAGAAUUGCAGCGAGAUCCAGGCGUUCCGCACGGUGCUGAAGAAACAGAGAGUGAAGCGCAUGAUCGAGAAGAGGAAAACCAGGCGAGAGGCCAAGAGGGCCGUCGCGGACGAGAAGGGCAAGAAGAAGCUCUUCAAGGGCAAGCUUUCCUCGGGGAUCAGCGCAAAGCUGGCGAUCGCCAAAGUCGCUGCAGCGAGCGGGCCUGAGCUACCUGCUGGCGGUCCUGCUGUGGAUCCCGACGGAGGACUUGCAGGCGCUGGCGCUGGUAUCGCCGCGGGCAGCGGCGCUGCCCCGCCCCCGCUGCCCCCGCAUAAGAAGGCGAAAGCUGGCAAGGCGGAGGGCGGCGCCCUGAUCGCACACGGCUCGAAAGCUCCGCGUUCGGAGCCAUUCGGGCCGUGGCAUAUCGCAGAGAUCUACACUGGUGGCAUCUGCAUCGGAUGGGAGGCGCGCUGCCUUGACCAUGUCGACCCCGCCGCGCCCCACCACCUCUGCGUGAAGCAUGUCACCAUGGGCAAGGGCAAGGACGGCAACCCUGGCUUGUCGUACGAGACCUGCAGGAUGAGAGUGAAGCAGUGGCUGCUGAUAGGGCGCGGCAUUCCAGAGGCUGGGCGCAACCGACACGUCUACACCGAUGCUCGGACCAAAGACCUGUUGCCCAGCCCCGAGGCUGACCUAGACGCCGCGGCUGCGGCGGAACUUCGCAAGCGGGAGGCCGCUGCUAAGUGA